AUGCAGCUUGAUAUGCUACAAGAAGAGAAUGACAAUGUCCUUGAGAAGCUCAGGUUUGCUGAAGAAAGUUGUCAGGAUGCAGAGAUGAGGGUUAAGGAGCUUGAGAAGCAGCGUGUUCGCUUAUAUGAUGCAAGUGCCAAUGUGUUUAGAGGAGAGUUCCUUCAUGGAGGUGCAGUUCUUGAUUGCUGCUUUCAUGAUGAUACCUCUGGUUUCAGUGCUAGUGCAGAUAACACUGUCACAAGGCUUGUUUUUGACCACGGAAGGGAGGAUCUUUUGGGAUGCCAUGAUGCCCCUGUUCGCUGUGUCGAGUACUCUUAUGCAACAGGGCAAGUGAUUACAGGGAGUUGGGACAAAAAACUUUGA